CCUUUAUUACUCUGUCCUCCCACUUUCCCUGACCUCCACAUUCCUGUCACAGUCUUCCCAGUCCUUAAGGUCCUUGUCUCUUUCUUCUCUUGAGACGCUCGUUCGUAACAUUCCCCGUUUCCUCUCUCUUAUUUUUAAAAUGUCCCCUCCUUCCGCAGCCCUGGUCCCUCCUGCCUCACGGAAUCCCCUCCCCUCCGGUGCCGCCCCCUCACUUUCCCAUCGACCAGCGGAGGCACGGCGGACACAGCUGGCGCGGCGCGUGGGGCGCUGGGGGUCACGGCUUGCGUGGCGCGUGGGAGGCGGACGUCUGAGGGCGCCGCGGGGUCCUCCGGCUCCCCGGCAGCCCCCGCGCGCGGUGCAAGCUGGGGGAACAUGGCCGCUUCCGGUCUCCCUCCUGGGCCGGCGCGGGCCUGACCGCGGCCCCUGCCAGUCGCACUCCGCCCUCCGUUUCUCCAGCCCGGCAGCCGCGGAGGUCGCUGCAGGCUUUCUCUCCCGCUGCCUCCGCCGCGCCAUGGAGAAGAGCUCGAGUUGCGAGAGUCUUGGCUCCCAGCCGGCAGUAGCACGGCCACCCAGCGUGGAUUCCCUGUCCAGUGCUUCCACUUCUCAUUCAGAGAAUUCAGUGCAUACAAAAUCAGCUUCUGUUGUAUCAUCGGAUUCCAUAUCAACUUCUGCAGAGAACUUUUCUCCUGAUUUGAGGGUCCUGAGGGAGUCUAACAAAUUAGCAGAAAUGGAAGAACCACCCUUACUUCCAGGAGAAAAUAUUAAAGACAUGGCCAAAGAUGUAACUUAUAUAUGUCCAUUCACUGGUGCUGUACGAGGAACUCUGACUGUUACGAAUUACAGGUUAUAUUUCAAAAGCAUGGAACGGGAUCCCCCAUUUGUUUUAGAUGCUUCUCUUGGUGUUAUAAGUAGAGUAGAAAAAAUUGGUGGUGCUUCUAGUCGAGGUGAAAACUCUUACGGACUUGAAACUGUGUGCAAGGAUAUCCGGAACUUACGGUUUGCUCACAAACCUGAGGGGCGAACAAGAAGAUCUAUAUUUGAGAAUCUAAUGAAAUAUGCAUUUCCUGUCUCUAAUAACCUGCCUCUUUUUGCUUUUGAGUACAAAGAAGUAUUCCCUGAAAAUGGGUGGAAGCUAUAUGACUCUCUUUUAGAGUAUAGAAGGCAGGGAAUUCCAAAUGAAAGCUGGAGAAUAACAAAGAUAAAUGAACGGUAUGAGCUUUGUGAUACAUACCCUGCCCUCUUGGUUGUGCCGGCAAAUAUUCCUGAUGAAGAAUUAAAGAGAGUGGCAUCCUUCAGAUCACGGGGCCGUAUCCCAGUUUUAUCAUGGAUUCAUCCUGAAAGUCAAGCCACAAUCACUCGGUGUAGCCAGCCCAUGGUAGGGGUAAGUGGGAAGCGAAGCAAAGAAGAUGAAAAAUACCUUCAAGCCAUCAUGGACUCCAAUGCCCAAUCUCAUAAAAUGUUUAUAUUUGACGCCCGGCCAAGUGUUAAUGCUGUUGCCAAUAAGGCAAAAGGUGGAGGUUAUGAAAGUGAAGAUGCCUAUCAAAAUGCAGAACUAGUUUUUCUAGAUAUCCACAAUAUCCAUGUUAUGAGAGAAUCUUUACGAAAACUUAAGGAGAUUGUGUACCCCAACAUUGAGGAGACCCACUGGUUGUCUAACUUGGAAUCUACUCACUGGCUAGAGCAUAUUAAGCUUAUUCUCGCAGGGGCUCUUAGGAUUGCUGACAAAGUAGAGUCAGGAAAGACGUCUGUGGUAGUCCACUGCAGUGAUGGCUGGGAUCGCACAGCUCAGCUGACCUCCCUGGCCAUGCUCAUGUUGGAUGGAUACUACCGAAGCAUCCGAGGAUUUGAAGUCCUUGUAGAAAAAGAGUGGCUAAGCUUUGGACAUCGAUUUCAGCUUAGACUUGGCCAUGGAGAUAAGAACCAUGCAGAUGCAGACAGAUCACCUGUUUUUCUUCAGUUUAUUGACUGUGUCUGGCAAAUGACAAGACAGUUUCCUACAGCAUUUGAAUUCAAUGAAUAUUUUCUCAUUACCAUUUUGGACCACCUAUAUAGCUGUUUGUUUGGAACAUUCCUCUGUAACAGUGAACAGCAGAGAGGAAAAGAGAAUCUUCCCAAAAGGACUGUGUCAUUGUGGUCUUACAUAAAUAGUCAGCUGGAGGACUUCACUAAUCCUCUCUAUGGGAGCUAUUCCAAUCAUGUCCUUUAUCCAGUAGCCAGCAUGCGCCACCUAGAGCUCUGGGUGGGAUACUACGUAAGGUGGAAUCCACGGAUGAAGCCACAGGGUGUGCUGCUCUUGCAGGAGCCCAUUCACAACAGAUAUAAAGAACUUCUUGCUAAACGAGCAGAGCUUCAGAAGAAAGUAGAGGAACUACAAAGAGAAAUUUCCAACCGAUCAACCUCAUCCUCGGAGAGAGCCGGUUCUCCUGCACAGUGUGUCACUCCUGUACAGACUGUUGUGUGAGAGGGCUACUGGAUGGGGCCAUCGGUCAUCGCCAUGAACUCUGAUUACAGUGGCAGCUUCAUGAGGAGAAAGUUUCUGAAUAUAGAACCCAUCUGUGAGAGAACUUAAGUCACUUUAUUUAUUUUAAAUCUCUCUAGGAUGAGUUUAGAACUGUAGCAGUGCAGGUGGUUUAAGUGAAAUAACCCCACAUGUAAUUACAUGUUUAUGACACUAAUCUUAUAAGUCACCCAAAGAACAUUAAAAUGCUUCAGUCCUGGAUCCACAGUGGGAACAAGUUUCUGAUUUUAAAAGGAAAAUGCUGUCUCAGAAAUCUUGGUAUGUGGUAAAAUCAAAACACAAACUACUUCAGAAAUACACUUCUUGAUGGAAGAGCACUCAUUGCACAGAAGGAGGAGCAUCAGUUUUCAAACCAAACCAAUACUGACAUUUCAUGGCAUUAUACAUACUGGGCUUCAGUGUCAUAAUCAAGAUCAUUUGAUGCUCCUUUGCCCAUCAUGGGUUUUUCCUUUUUGUAGUAAGUGAUUUACUUUCACCAUUCAAAACUCGUGUUCUUCAUAUAAUAAGGCAAAGUCUUGAGGAUAUUAUGGUGUAGUAAUAGUUGAAAAUUAUUGCUGUCAUUAUUUAUGUACUUAAUUUAAGAUGUAUUAGAUAGCUGUUCCAAAAUGAUGCCUUACAGAUGUGCUUGGGAGGAGGAUGGAGAGGAGAAAGUGGUAGCCAUCCAGGAUUUCAAAGAAUUCCACAUCCUUCAGAUUAGUUUCCAUUUGCACAAUUACUAGAAACAUCAUGAAACAUAUUUAAAAAACUCAUCUGCCCUACUUUAUUAUAGUUACAUUUUUUUUUUGAACACAGAGAAGUUAACUGGCAAAUUUUGAGGCAGUAUGUAAAAGUUUAGUAGGACUGACAUUUUUUCUGAAGUCUGUAUAAAUAGCAUAUGGUGAGAAGUACUGUGCUCAAAUUUUACAUGAAAUAUUUGACUAUUACUUUCCUUUGCAAAUUCUAUAACUCCACUGAAUGAUUAAGUCUACCAAAGGAUUUAUUGCAUGUAAAAAUGUAUUAGUCUCAAUGCCAGUAAAGGAAAUCCUGCUUCACUUCUUGGCUGCUACAGUAAGAAUUCAGCGCUGGUAUAAACACUUGACUCCCUGGUGUCUAUUUUACUCUGUAUAAGAGCCAUAUGUUAUGUACUGUAACACAAAGGAGCUUCUUGUCCCUUGGGUCUUUAAUUAAAAGAAAAUUUCAACUGA